GCUUGUCCCGGUACUGCUGAAGUUGGUCACGAAGGCUUCCAAUCUUUUUCGUGCAAUCUUGAAAACCUCCUCACUGCUUCCCGACUCAGUUUGCGCGCGUCAGCUUGCACCUACACUUUUACACAGGCUGUUCGGAACACCAGUACACAAGUCCAGAUGCCUCCAUUGUAUGAGUUGAGGAUCUACAACAUCUAUCCCAAAGAUAUCAAGUCCUUCACUGAGCUGUCCAUUAAAUGGAUGCACCUCCGUACAGCCAAGUCCAAGUUGCUGGGCUACUGGCUCAGUGAGCUUGGUGGCAUCAAUGACGCUGUACACAUCUGGGAAUAUGAAAGUUUAAGUGAUCGAGCACGUGUUCGAAAGGAACUAAGCGCAGAUGAAUCCUGGGUGACAAAUUAUAUAGCAGCAGUAGGUCCGAUGUGGCGCCGACAAGAGAACUCCUUGCUCACCUUGAAGCAGGGGACUCACCUCAAUAUCAGCAACGUCACAGCUGGGGGUGUGUAUGAGCUGCAGACACUCCCAGAUGGCAGUAGGGUAGGAUCUCUGUUGCCAGGGACGACACUGUUAGCUGCAUUCCAGACAACGUUUGGACAGGUCCAUAAAGAAUAUUUCGACUGUUGCAUCAUGCUUCCAUGGAUGAUGCAGUCCAGGAAUAUUCGCUGCAGUCUUGAAGGUGUGUCAGGUGACGUAAUUACACGACUCAUGUCCCCAGCGCCCUGGUCAACACUACAGUAACCAUGGCAACAUACUGCUGUAACUAGUAUUUACAGCUUGUAACCAUGGUAACAAUUUAACUACAGCAAUAUACUGCUGAAACUAUGGACGGAAUUAUGGACACAACCAUACAAAUAAAAUAAUGUUACAUUUUUUUAAAAA